CGACAAAUUCCAGCCUGCACCGCAGCGCAUACACACCAUCAGCGCCCACGAACCACACGAUUGACAAGCUGCUAAGCACAACGCCACAACCAAGGCACCAGCCAGACAAGAAGCUGCUGGUGGCGGUCUACACAUUGACCAAACAUCUCGAGAAAUCGUAAGCAAACAACGUCUAUAGCAGCAGCAGUAGCAGCAGCAGCAGCAGCCGUGCUUGUUUGGUGAACGAUGCCUCGCCCAACACGCGCCCGCACGGGCGCAUUGCUCGUCUGCGCAGCAGCGGUGUUGCUAAUUCCCGCCAUCAUCACCACCACGACAACAACAGUCGCAGCAGCGCCUGAUGCUGGCCCGAUCGCUGACGCCAACACCUUCAACGACAAUGACAACAACAACGACACAGCCGCGUCCGCAAACACGCCCCGGCUGUCGCCUCGCGCGGCACGCGUUCCACGGGAGGCUGCGCCGCACCUCGCAGGGGCGCUGCGCUACCAUGAAGUGCUGAGCGCGAGCGACGUUUCUCACGUGCAUGUGCAGCGGCGUCGUCGCCGGUCCACCUUUGAGGAGGAGCUGUUUGGCAAGGCUGAGCCCACCUCGGAGCACCACGAGGUGCGCUUCUCCGCCCACGGCCGGGUGUUCGACCUGCGGCUCGUCAAGAACCACCGCAUGUUUGCGCACGGCAUUCGCGCCAGAAUCAUUGACGAAAACGGCAAGGUCACGCCCUUCCGCGUGGAUGCGGAGAACUACCUCGUUGGCCACGACAUGAGCGACGAGGCCAACUCUCACGCCAACCUGUACAUCCGCGACGGCGUGCUCGCGGGCUUCAUGCACGUGCACAACAACACCUUCUUCGUUGAGCGCAGCCUGCACCACUAUCCAAACGACAGCAGCAUCGACAUGAUUGUGUACCGUGCAGCAGACGUGCGCACGGGGGACUGGCGGCGCGGGCUCAACGCCACCGGGCACAGCUUCUGUGGCGCCGACCACCACCACACCAAGCACCAGGACACCAUCUCGCGCAUGACCGCGAAGGAGCGCAGGAAAUACUUUGCAGACCUGAACAACAGCAGCAGUGGCGCUGGCAGUGCUGGCGGUGAUGGUGACCAAGCUGCACCUGACCACCACGACCACGACCACGACCACAAUGACCACGACGACCAACACGAUCAUCAUGCACACGGGAAUAACGAGUAUGAGUUCCCGCAGCUGUAUGGGGAGCAGCAGGCGCACGUGCGUGCUCGCCGCGCCCGCCCCUCGGAGACAGACAACACGUGCCUUGUGUCUGUGGUGGCAGAUGCCCGCUUCCACGCCUUCCACAACAACGAGCGCGCAGACACCACGCAGUCGAUGCUGCAGCACUUUGCCAUUGCCGAUGACAUCUUCUCCUCCACCGUGUUUGCGGGCGACAUCCCGUCUGGCCUCAGCCUGUUUGUGCACGAGGUGACCAUCCGCCUCGACAACUUUGUCAGCACGACGUCUGUCACGGAGAUGCUGUCGGACUUUUCGUCCACCAUUGACUUCUCCAGCAGCUGCGUUGCCCACCUGUUUACGCGCGUUGAUUUCACGGGCGGCACGCUGGGCCUGGCGUGGGUGGGCAGCCCAGACGCAAACCGCGCCGGCGGCAUCUGCCACUCCUCCCGCUCCCAGUGGCUCAACACGGGGCUCACCUCCAACAUCAACUUUGGCGAGAACGUGCCCUUUGCCACCACCUCGCUGGUCACGUCGCACGAGGUCGGCCACAACUGGGGCUCGUCACACGACGACCCGGAGGAUCCCGUGUGUGCACCCGACGAACUCAACGGCGGCAAGUACCUCAUGUUUGCUGUGGCCGUCGAUGGUUCACAGGACAACAACCAGCACUUCUCGCCGUGCUCGCGCGAGCUGAUUGCGGCCGUGUUGCGCGUGAAGGGCACGUGCUUUGCGCCGCAGCCGGCCGGCGUGUGUGGGAACGGAAAGGUGGAGACGGACCCCACCGGCGACACGUCGGAGGAGUGCGAUGCAGGUGGCGAGCAGGACCAGUGCUGCAACAGCGCGUGCGAGCUGAAGCGGCCAAACGGGCAGGCCACGCAGUGCACCGCCCUCAACAACAUCUGCUGCGACUCCGCCACCUGCAGCUUCUAUGCCGACAACACGCACCAGUGCUACGAGCCCUUUGACCUUGACCCGCUCUGCAGGGGCGUGGGCAUGUGCGUGGGUGGUGAGUGCCAGGACCCGCCGCCGCCAAAGGCUGCCGGUGAGCCGUGCAGCAACGGUGGGCGCUGCCAGGAAGUGGCCGACCCAGACAAGCGCUGCAUCACGUUCUGCGAGCGCUUUGGCGCAACGCAGUGUACGUGCACGGGCUCUGACGAGUGCAGCAUGUGCUGCGAGCACAACCCGGAUGCCGACUGCAGCGGUGGCAGCAACUGCGGCUGCCCCUUCCAGGACUUUGACGGGUGCGUGCCGGCCAUGUCCGUGGUGACGCAGGCGCGCGUCUCCGACCCGCAGUGCUAUGCGGACGACCCCAACGACGCCGCCAACACCCGAUACGAGGACAACCCGAUUCUCCAGCCGUGCACGGAGCCAGACGUCAACGACUGCCUGCAUGUGCUCGACCUGCCACCCGGCACGCCGUGCAGCUCUGGGCAGUGUAACCGCCAGGGCCAGUGCGAGCGCGCUGCGUCGGGGAUUGCGCGCUUCUGGGACCCGGACAACUUCUCGCUGGACAGCCUCAAGCUGUGGGCGCGCAACAACAUUGUGGGCGCGGUGAUGAUUGUGGCGCUGCUGCUGUGGAUCCCGGCCGUGUGUCUGAUCAAGCGGUACGACCACAAGCAGCGCGAACUCAACGCCGCAUACGGCACGCGCCGCACAGCAAGCACGAUGAAGCGGAAGAAACAUCCGCGCCAGGGCGGAGCUGUUGGCACAGCGGGCCGCCGCCGCCGCAGUAAAGAUACGUCUGCAGCAGCAAGGGGCCCACGCCCACGCCGCGAUGGUCGUGGUGGCCCUGCACCCUCCAACGGGCUGGCUGGCUCCAGUGGCGGUGGUGAGAGGCGGCGUGGCGCCCGUGCUGCCAGCACUCGCGACGGUGGCGAUCGCCGUCGCAAUGGCAGCGGCAGCGGCAGCGGCAGCAGUGAACAAGGCAACGGUGAGCGGAAGAGGCGUGGUGCUAAGGUGGCAAGAGCACGCGAGCAACAACCUCAGCAGCAACCUCAGCAGCAGCGCCAGCGUGCACGCCAACAACAACAGCAGCAGCAGCAGAAGCGCUAUCCUGAGAAGCGGGCGCAGGCCCUUGCUGCCCACGACAAGCCACAACCCAGCCGCCAGCAGCAACAACAGCAGCAACAUCAACUUCAGCAGCAGCAGCAGCGGCAACGAGAGCAGAUGCAGCGCCGCCAGCAGCAGCAGCAGGCGCGACUGCAGCACCAGAGCGCCCAGCGGCAGGAGCUUGCACGGCGGGCGACAUCGGGCCAGCGGGUAAUUGGCGCGCGUCCACCGUCCACCCGCCGCAACUUGCCGUCCAACCCGCCGCCAUACACGGCUGUGACGGCGCUGGACGAGAGCAGGCGACCAACAGCGCCGUCGUCGCUGGCGUCAUCAGCAGGCCGCCGCCCACAGCAGCAGCAGGGCCAACACCGCCCCACGCAGCGCACGCCACAGGGCGCGGGCAUGCGUGCACGUGCGCAUCAGCCCCCACAGACACGCAGCGGCGCCAGCAGCGGUGGAAGUGGUGUGCGAUCACCACAUCAACAACAACAGCAGCAGCAGCAGCAGGCGUAUCCGCGGUACAACCCCGGUGUUCGUGAGCCCGUGCAGCAGCACAGCCCCAACACGGGGCGGGCACUGCCAAACCAACCGCGCCGCAUCGUCGCUCGUGGUCCGGCCACCAGCGGUAGCAGUAGCGCCAGCAGCCCAGGCCACCGACAGCAGCAGCAGCAGCAGCAGCUUGGGCACCGGCCAACACGGCGAAUGGAUGAUCGUGAGCCGAGGCGGCACGUGAUCCAGGAGUCGUCGAAGGGCCGUGACCUCGUCUUUGACUGA